CGGUGUUGGUGCGGCCGUCUUGCUAAGGUUAAGCAGGUGGAGGAUUUCUCCGACCAGUUCGGCAUGAAAUUUUUUAUGUGUGCGAGCUAUGAGCAUGAUUCACCCCGUAGUUCAGCUUCGUCGUCCACCAGGCCGCCGUCUCCCCCGCCCCUAUGCAAAUGGUUUCACUGGAUAGACACGGAGCAGCCAGAUUGGGCGCGCCAGGAGGUUGAGGAGAAACACCGGCGUGCGUGGGCAACGUUCUUUGAGGAGGAGCGUAGGGAAAAGGUUCGUGCAAAUGAAAAGGCAGAGCGAGAGAGGCAGAUACGGAAACUAAGGGCGGAACAAGCUCGUAAUCGCGAGGUGAAUCAGAAGAGGAUGGAUGAUGAGGCUGCACGUAGGUUUGCAGAGGAAGAUGUGCGUAAGGAGGCUCGUGAAGCGGAGAGAAAGAGACUAAGGGAAAGAGCUGCUGAGGCGCAAGUGGCAGAAGAACGCGGCGACAAGUCUGGAAAAUGGCCACGGUGGACGCAGAGAAAGUAGAGUGAUGUGACCUACUGGCUAUGUAUCUUAAUUUCAGUUAUAGUUUGUCGUUGUAUCUUAAAUUCUGUUGUAGUGAUAAGCCGUAUUUUAAAUUCAGCUGCAAUGUAUCUUAAUUUCAGUUUUAGUACUAAUGUGAAAUGAAUUUGCCGCAAAAAUGUUGUGUCAGAAAUUUUGGCUCGUUUGUUUCCCGCCAAUUUUUCCCGCCCAAUUUUU